AUGAAGACAGACACCGUUGAAGUGGCGGGCUACACAACCCUGCCACUGCAACUCCCACCAACAUCCACAUACCCGACCCCAGCAACACAUUAUCUCUACAUCCGCCCGCACGAGCCUCGCAUCCCAGACCCGGACUCCACCCGCUCGCUCUUCAUCGUCAACGCUCCCAUCGACACAACAGAGGCCCACCUCCGCCACCUUUUCGGCACCCAGCUCGCCGCUGGUCGUGUCGAGCGCGUCAGCUUCGAAGAUGUCCCCGUAAAAAAAGCCGGCGUUGCAGCAGCCACAGAACCGAAUCUCUCUCACCGCGCCAACAAAAAGCGCAAGCGCAUCACCGCCGAUGACCUCCAGGGUACCCUGGACGACAUCACCCUACCAAGAACCUGGGAUCGUCCUCUGCAGAAAAGCGGGGCCCACGCUAUCGUCGUCUUCGCCGACAAGCCCAGCAUGGAAUCCAGCCUCAAGGCCGCCGCCAAAGCAGCUCGCAAGCACACCAGCCUAGUCUGGGGCUCUGGGAUGCCCGCCGAGCGGGUGCCUGCGCUCGGUGUGGCGCGGUACCUGGCGCACGAGUCGCGGCGGUACCCGGAGCGGGGGGCGCUGUUGCGCACGGUGAACGACUUCAUGACUAUCUUCCAGCAGGUUGGAGAGGCGCGGCGGCGCGAGGAGUCGCGGAAGGCUGGGGAGCCGGACGAGGAUGGGUUUGUUACUGUUACGCAUGGACCGAAGCUCAAUUCUGUGGCGAGGGAGGAUGAGGUGCGCGAGAUUGUGGAGCGCCAGAAGAAGAAGACGGAGGGGUUGGAAGACUUUUAUCGGUUCCAGAGUCGUGAGAAGAGGAAGGCGAGACAGCAGCUUUUGCUCAGACGGUUUGAUGAAGAUAAGCGCAAGUUGCAUGAUAUCAAGAUGCGGAGGGGCAAGAUUCGGGUAAGUCUAGUCUGGUUUUAG